AAAUGCAUCUACAAGUCAUACAAAGAGAAUAACAAUUGCACGACUUUCUGCAUUCAUUUGAACCUCUUGUUCUGCUUCAAGCUUUUGAUACUUGACACUGUUUUGACAUUAGUUUUGAUCUCUCUGAAGGUAACAUUUGGUGUGCUGUUUCAUGACGAUAAGUGUGCAAAUAUAUUUGAAGCCUUAGUUGGGACUCUGCGGGCCGCUAAGAAACGGAAAUUUGUGGCAUAUGAUGGCGAGCUGCUGCUGCAAGGAGUCCAUGACAACGUAGAAAUCAUGCUCAAACCUUCCCCACAACCAGCAACAUCUGCAGGUGAUGCAGUUGCAAAGGCGUAAGGGAAUUGAACAGUUCUUCAAAGGCUUGGUUUUUAUGUAAUCUUCAGCUUAAAUAUAUGUGCUUUUGUGUGAUUUAUAAUAUCAAAGCUUAGAUGUUUUGAGUGUAAAAGAAACUAUAAUAUCAAAGACCCAUGUUUUCCAUCAAACAAGAGUUGUCUGAAUGAAACAAUCUGUAAAGGCUUCGAUUGUUGACGCC